AUGCCUACCACUUUGCGUCUUCACGGCUACGAAGCCACUGAUAUUCACCGUUUUAUCGAAUUGUUGAUUCACAAUCUUGUCAAUAUCAAAGACACCACGGGUCGUUUUUUGCUCAAGCUUGAUGAUGGUAGAAUCAUUGAUACAAAAGGCUGGAAUGACUGGGAAUGGACUCAUGGUAUCGGCCUCUACGGCCUGUACCAAUAUCACGCUCUAACAGGCUCUGCAACUGCAAUGUCAACAAUCCAACAAUGGUUCCAAGGCCGUCUCGCAGAAGGCACAACCAAAAACAUCAACACCAUGUCACCCUUCCUGACCCUGGCCUACUUAUAUGAAAAGAGCCGAGACAAUACACAUGAAGCCUGGCUCGACUCAUGGGCAGAGUGGGCAAUGUACGAUUUACCACGCACACCCUACGGAGGAUUUCAACACAUGACCUACGCCAGCGAGAACCACUACGAGCUUUGGGAUGAUACGCUCAUGAUGACAGUCAUGCCUCUGGCCAAGAUUGGUCUCUUGCUGAAUCGUCCUCACUAUGUGGAAGAAGCCAAGCGUCAGUUUAUGCUCCACAUCAAGUAUCUCUUCGACACAAAGACUGGACUGUUCUUUCACGGCUGGAAGUUUGAUGAGAACGCUCCGGGUGGUGUGGGGCACAAUUUCGCGGAGGCCAGGUGGGCGAGAGGAAACAGCUGGGUCACUAUCGUCAUUCCAGAUUUUGUCGAGUUGUUGAAUCUGCCAAAGGAUGAUGCAUUGAGGGUGCACCUCAUUGAUACCCUGGAAGCCCAAUGCAAGGCUUUGUCAAAACUCCAAGCCGAGGAUGGCAUGUGGCGCACGUUACUCGAUGUGCCUACGAGCGAAGGAAGCUACGAGGAAGCCUCCGCAACAGCUGGAUUUGCAUAUGGUAUACUGAAGGCGGUGAGAAAGCGCUACAUCAGCAAGGAGUACGAGGCAGUAGCACUCAAAGCUGUCAAGGCCGUCAUCGGAAGCAUAAGCGAGGAUGGAGAACUUCAGAACACCAGUUUCGGGACUGGCAUGGGAAGCGACUUACAACACUACAAGGACAUCCCAAUCACCAGUAUGCCAUACGGACAAGCAAUGGCUAUGAUGAUGCUAGGUGAAUUUUUGAGGGUCUUCGUCUAG